CUGUGUUCGCCUGGCGGUGGUGUAGUGUGGUGUGAAAUCUGAAAACGGACAAUGGCCGAUAAAGAUUCAGCCGAUGAUUAUCCCACUGAAAUUGAGGAAAAUCUCAAUGAUUUCGAGUCAUCUGUGAGCUCUGUCCAGAAUGUGGUCCAAACCCUUGUGUCUGUCUCUAGAAGUGACCGGCUGCUUAAGCUGGAUCCUCUUGAUCAAGCCAAACUGGAUCUGAUGUCUGCGUAUGCCCUCAACUCAAUGUUCUGGAUGUAUUUGGUGACACAAGGAGUCAAUCCGAAAGACCAUGGGAUCAAACAAGAAUUGGAGAGAAUCAGGACAUACAUGAAUAAAGUGAAGGAGAUCACAGACAAAAGAAAAGCUGCACAUUUGGACAAAGAUGCAGCAUCACGGUUUGUUCGUAAUGCACUGUGGGAUGCAAAGGACAAGAAAAGAAAGGACACAACUGAACAUUCCCAUAGAGGAAAACACAAUAGAUUCACUUGAGCUCGAGCUGACUGAAACGCACGUAGCCUACUGUGCAUUUUCAGAGGUUUUUGCGUGCCUUGUCGCAAAUAUUUUGCUGACUUUGGAUUAUUCAAAACCAAUAUUGCAUCAUUGCACUGACAAACAACAGUGCUAACUCACUGAAAAGGUUCUGUUGCUUAAUGAAUCACUUGUGCAUGGAAAAGACUGAUGAUUCAUAUUUGUUUUCCUAAACAGCCAAAUCAAACGGUGGUCUCUGGCCUUAUACUGACACCUAGUGGCAUGGAUGCAUCAUUAAACAAAAAGGUUUCGGUUACUGAUGCCUAGAUGUAAUCUGUUGCACAGACCUCUGCAGGGGCAGAAAUACAUUACUUACACUUUAAAGUAGGUAAUAAGACUUGUUCUCAGAGAAAAUAUCUUAAAUGCAUUUUAUUGUUCUUGGCAAAUUGUACCUUGUUUUAAUCAUAAACCACAUCAAAUAACAGUCAGACAUUUCAAGUGUUCAAAUACAUGCACAGAUGAAUAGACAAUACUAUUAUUGCCUAAGGGUAAUUUAAAAUUAAAAUACUCUCGUGAUUUCCCUCUGUUGAAUUAAUAAAUUCCUAAAUCAAAAAAUGUAGGCUCAUCUAAAAUGUUUGUGUGACCUGCUGCCUGGGUCUCGCCACGGAAUCAAAAAUUAAAAAAGGUCAUUCGUAUUUUAUAUCUCACAAUUUUGACUUUAUUUCUCUUUAUAAUUUGCAAUUCCAAAAAAUAAAGUUGCAAUUUUGAGUUUAUAUCUCGCAAGUGUGAUGACCUUAUUCACACUAGCGCCAUCUGAUUUAACGAGGCUGUGAGGGCAGACUUGCAGUCUCUUCAGAUUAACAUUUUUAUUGGUUGAUUGUCAAACAUUAACACAGAACAAAGCAAAAUAUACAUCCACAGAGUCAACCAUUAUCCCAUCAUGGGCUAUGUCUCCAUCCUCCAACUGACAUCGCCAGCAGGUAGGUGCAUCUUUUAGACCAAGCCUAAACAAUCUAGAGGGAGUCUAGUAGAAACUAUGCAAAAUCUUAAACUGAAUAACGCGUACCCUAGACAUAGUUUUAAUAUUUUAAAGAAUACUUUCCCACUUCCCAUCCUCCAAUAUCAAGUUCAAAUCUCUUUCCCAUAACCUCUUUAGAGCUGUUAAGGCCCCGUCACCAAGACUCUGAAUCAACGAGGAGUAAUACACUGAUGCUUCAUGACCCUUUCCAAAGGCUGUGAGCACCAUACAAAGUGUCUGCGGCUUUAGGUGGUUGUGUACUACCACCAAAAAUAGAACAAAAUAAAUGGUGCAACUGUAAAUACCUGAAAAAUUGAGACCUAGAAAUCCCAAAUUGCUGUGUUAUAUUUUCAAAUGAUCUCAAAACUCAGUUUUCAUAAAAGUCACCAAGUGUAACAACACCCCUCUCCAUCCAUUCAUUCCAGCAAAAGGGGCACUUGUUAAUACAUAAUUUGGGGUUCAGCCACAUGCUUGAGGAAACAUUUAUGUAAGUAUCAAAAUUGAACAUACGAGAAACCUUUGUAAAUAAUGGGAUGCAUUUUUACUUCUCUAGGCAAUUUAAUAGAAGGACUUUGCAAUGAAGAUAUUGGGGUAUGGACCGCUUGUUCAGUGUUGUACCAGGGAGGGGCUCUCUCAGGUGGAAGAGACCAAUGGGCC